AUGUCUACUAGGUUGACCUCUACAUCUGCUACAACUCAUAUCUCUACGGUCAGUGCUAGUACUACCUCUGUCGGUGGCACUGGUUCUCUUGGGGGUUCCAGUGGAGGUGGUGGCAUUGGUUCUCUUGGAGGUGUUGGUGGAGGUGGUGGAGCAUCUGGCCCACCUCCACCUCCUCUGUCUGCUAAUCCUGUAUUGAACAAUAUCUUACAGAACAUGGGGCAGUUACAAUUACAGCUCACAAACGUGGCCUUCACUUCUGGUCAAUUAUCUAUACGGUUUCAGGCUAACAUUGGCAACAAGGUCACUAUUGCUGACCUUGAUCACUGUAAGAAGAAGCCCAAUGAAAAGGAGGUAAACAUUGUUGUGGACAAGGAAACUUUAGAAGUCAAGACAGAUAAUGUUGAUAAUAGCAAGAUUUUAGAGAAACCGACACAAACAGUUGACUCUCAGGAAAUUGAGAUACCGACUCAAACAGAGCAACUGACAGAGACCAAAAAACCUACAGAGGACAAAGGUACUAGCACAGGGCCACCGAAGACUGAGAAACAGGUAGUAGAACUUUCAGAGAAACAAAUUGAGGCAGAGGUUCAUGUUGAGACUGAAAAACUGACAGUUGUGAGACACUGA